GCCCGGCCCCGCCCAACCUGGCCCUGGACGCCUGCAGAGGUGGAGCACCCGUAACCUCUCCGGGCAGCAGUGCGAGCGCCUCACCGACCUCUGAGCAAAACAUUUCUUGGUACCAUCUAACCCAGACCUCCCCUCUUUUCGUUGAUGCCACUCCCCUUUGUCCUGUUCAUUCUGGUUCAAAGCAAAACCCAAACAUGGAGCAUCCCAGCUCUGCACUCUGCUUUCCGCACUGGCAUCGUUCUGAACCUUGUAGAAUGUACUCUUGGCCUGGUAACAUACACUGAGAGAAAAUCCUUGACUCCUCAUAGGUAUGAGACUGACAUAACUUCAUGUAGUUCUGCUAACAAGUUCCUAUACCUGCUAGGUUAUUAUCAGGUAUCUCAUGCAGUAAAACACUAUUUGAUUUCUAUAAAUAUUUGACAGCCACACAGGUAAAUUCCAAAGGUCGCUUUUUAUGAGGUGACUCAGAGGAAAGGGCUCACGCCAAGUUCUGUUCUCACGUAGCCCGUUCCACAGAUCAGCUCUGUUACACCGGAGGGCAUUGUGCUGCAAUCUUUGCAGCAUUUCUGCUUUCCUCCCAAGCAGUCUCACCUCUGCUCCCUCUUCAGUUCGAUGAGUAGUGCCGCAUUUGGGCUGCACAAGGAAGUGAAGCUGCGCACAUGCGUGUCAGUAAUUAACCACAUAUUCCUUCACUAUCUAUACAACUUAGUACAGGAAAACAAUACAAUGAAAAGGUAGCAAGGAAAGAAAUAAAUUACAUGUGGAAAAGUUCUGCUUCAGCAUGUCUGCAUGGAGAAUCGGAGUGCUGGCAGUUCUGUGCUUCCUGUGGCAGCCCAGAGGUCAUGGUCAACUUCCUCCUCCUCAAAAUGUUGCAUUACUGUCAAAGGAUUUUGAUAUGAUUUUGACAUGGACUCCAGGAGAAGGAUCUCCACCAGAUGUGUCGUACACUGUGAGGUAUGAAAGCAAGACACGCAUGGACAAAUGGAUAAAGGUUCCUCAUUGCAGAAAUAUUCACAGUAUCUCUUGCAACCUCACGUGUGUGAUUCCAAACUUCUUCAUUAAAUUCCGGGCUCAAGUAAAAGCCACUUCUGGACGACUCCAUUCGCCAUGGGUAAAAUCACAGUUCAAGGAAUACCAUUUAGAUGUGGAACUGGCUCCCCCACUGCUAAACAUGAAUGUAAAGGAGAACGUAAUCCAUGUGAAUGCCACUUUUCCUAUGGCCAUCUGUGUGGAGAGUUUAUCUUGGAUGUAUGACUUCAACUUCUGGGAAGCUGGAUCUGAAGACAAGAAGCAAUACAAAAGUAUCUUUAGGAAAAAGGCAGUGACUAUUGACACCACUUCACUCAGAGGCAAUUACUGCUUGAAUGCCAGAUCUUCCAUUCAAAGCAUUGACUUCAAGCACAGCAAAUUCUCCCAGCCAGUGUGCAUGCUGUUAAACCAUAAAGGGGAAUGGAAGUUCCCCUUUUCCGCCACGAUCCCUGUCUGUGUCCUCCUCAUCCUUCUGACAAGUGCCUCCACCAUCUGGCUGCUGAAACAAGACGCAAAGCAUAAGCAGAUGCCUCAAGCUUUGGAUUUAUCUAAUUGUAAAAUUGCUGGACCAACCUUUUGCUGUGAGCACAGAGAAAAUGAAUUCCUCACAGACUGUCUUAUCUGCACAGAUAAGCCAAUGUCACAAGGGAAGAAAAACAAAACUUUAGCACAAAACAACAAACUAUGGAUGGCUUCCUUCCUACCAUCAUCAUCAGAAGAAGAGGAGGAAGAGGAAGAGGAAGAAGACAGUAGUAGUUUCAUCCCAUACACUGAAAUGCUUCAGUUUCCAAGGAGACACUUCAUCUUUCAAACAUCCAGAACAGCUGACACAGAAACUAUCUCGGGCUCCACAUCUGGAGGUCUCUCUGUGGAUGGUGGAUCCGCAUUUGACUUAAGUGCCCUGGGUUUCUCUUUCUUUCCCACAAGAAAGAAUGAGGUGGAUACCUCAGGAUCCCAAGGAAAUGAAAAGGCAUCACAUUCUCACAGUUCCUCUUUGGGAAGAAUAUCACUCACUGAUGUGAGAUUCCCAGGUCCCAGGGAACAUGGACAGCACAAUACAGACAGCGACGACUGCCUGGAAGUGAGCCUUCGUCACACACUAGUGAACAAGAGUUGCACCAGGCUUCCAGCUGAUGAACACUGCCUGUAUAGGAAAGAUCGUGAUUUUACCAUAUCUUACCAGAAACCAACCUUUGAUCAGACUGUCCAGGUCAGUGAGAACUCGCUGCUCAAUGAGGAUCCCACCAUGGAGAAACUCAUUUACUUUCAGACAUUACAGGUGGCAGAAGAUGAAGGUAUUGCAAGUGACUGUGACAGUGAUAAUUUCACAGAAGGGACACCUCCUGCAUCCACGGUGCUAAGUGAUGCAUUUAGAACUUCAGAUAUGGAGAAAAGAUAUGAUGAAAAGUUUAAAUUCAAAGGCUAUCAGCACUCACAUUACAUGAGAAGGAGCUAGAGUGUACCUUGCAGUUCUGUGGUAUGCCUGGAAGAUGCUAGAGAGCUAUACAAAUCCAGGCAAGGAUACCUGGACAAGAACAAGGACAAAUAAUCGAUAGUGCUGUGGAUUGUUUGUGUUUGUUUUUGUUGUUUUUGGUUGUUUGUUGUUGUUGUUGUUGUUGUUUUUAAUUUAUUAGAUAGAGGUACUAGACAAGAUUUUUUUUCUACUGAUGUCUGGUCCAUCAAAGAUAUGGCUUUGGGACACAAAAAGUGUAUUUUUACUGGUAGGUAAUGUACAUUAACUGUGCCUCUGUAGGAAUAUAGCUGUGAUAGACAUUAAAGCUAUGAUAUGGGACACCAUCUGAACCCAGCAGGGGUGAGGCAUGCAGUGAUACCUCCUUUAGGUAUCGCAUUGCAAACACGCAGUGCCUUGUGUUCUCUUGAGAUUUGCCACCAACCUACAGAGAUCACCUUCUAUGUUUCAAUGGAGUGAACCAAAGUCACAGUGAGAAAUGUGUAGCAUGUUUAUUUAUUUAUUUUGCUUUUUAUACAAAUGUACUUAUUGUUUUCCCCUGCUGUGCAGGAUGUCUGAGAGAUGCUGUAUGCAGAAGUAAAAUA